AUGCGGGUGUACGGGAGGAGUAGUGGUGCUGUGUGGUGUUGUUGGUGGUACCUGGUGUGUUUGGGUCCGCUGUUGUUGUUGUUGUUGUUGUUGGUUCAGGGCGAGGCGUCGCCAACGGUGGACAACGUGUGCGCCAACGUGUGCACGUGCAAGUGGAAGGGCGGCAAGAGGACGGUCGAGUGCAAGCCCGGGGUCCUUAACAACAUACCGGACGGUAUAGAUCCGGAGACCCAGGUGCUCGACGUCAGCGACAACGACCUCGGCGCCCUCGUCAGCAACAUCUUCGUCAAGGUGCGCCUGACGAAUCUGCAGCGUCUGUACCUGCGAGGCUGUCGUAUCAGCCGGAUCGAUCCGGCGGCCUUGGCGGGUCUGACGAACCUCGUCGAGCUCGACCUGAGCCACAAUAGGUUGAGCUCGGUGCCGAGCCACAGCUUCCCCGGAGUGCCGUUUCUGCGCGAGCUCGUUCUCGGCCACAAUCCCUUGGGUUACGUGCCCGACCGGGCCUUCCGGGCAACCCCCAACCUGGUGAAGCUGGACCUGUCGAGCUCCGGGCUGGCCGACUUGGCCCCCAAGAGCUUCCACGGGCUCGAGGCCCUCGAGGUACUCAAGCUCGGGCACAACCGGCUGGCCACCCUCAAGUACCCGGGGACCUUCGAGCCCCUCGGCAAACUCACGAGCCUCGAGCUCCACGAGAACCCCUGGAUCUGCGACUGCCACCUGCGCGAGAUGAAGUCGUACCUGAUAAAGCAAAACCUGCCGAGUCCCGUGGCCCCGGUCUGCCGGGGUCCCGACCACCUGGCCAACAGGUCCUUCGCCGAGCUCGGUCUCGACGAUUUCGCCUGUCCCCCGGUCAUACAGAUCGUCAGUCGUUACAACGAGGCGACGAUCGGGGAAAACGCGAGCAUCGUUUGCCAAGUGUCGGCCAUACCCCCGGCGAGGAUCAAGUGGAUCUGGAACGGGAAAUUGUACGCCAACAACAACACGGCCAUCAACGGUUACCAGCGCGUCAUCAUAAGCGAGGAGGGCCUGUUGUUCCAGAAGCAGAGCACCCUCACGCUGACUAACGCCCAAGAGGCCGACUCGUCGGUGUUUUUCUGCGUGGCCGAGAACCAAGCGGGCAGCGUCGAGACCAACUUCACCCUCCACGUGUCGACGCGCACCGCGGGCAUGGCCACCCUCGGCUCGGGCCAGAUAGCCGGCAUCUCGGCCGCCCUCCUCGUCCUCAUACUCCUCAUCCUCCUGACCAUCAUGAUCCUGUUUGCCCGGCUGAGGAGGCUGCCCCAGCCCAAGGAGCAGCAAUUGACCAAGACCCCGGCCCCACCGGGCAACCCCGACAACAACGGCUCGUCGUCGUCCCCGUCGACUACCACCGACCAUCAUCACCAGGGACUGGCCAACGGUGGCGAGUCAACUGCCACGGCCGGCCGGAGGAAACAGCACGCGGUUGACGACGACGAGGCCAAGACCACGAGUUUCAGCAGCCACUUGCGUUACCACUCGCCGGAGAUGCCUGGCGCGGUGGCAGCCUCCGUGGCCAGUAGGUCGCCCCUCCUCACGAACCACCACCACCACCACCACCACCAGCAACACGAUUACCUGCAGCAGGUGAUGAACCGGAGUUACGAGCAGCAACAGUCGGGCCUGCAAUUGGCCGGGCCGUGUUUCUCCUCGACCCCGCAGUCGGGCUCGCUCAUGCCGAUCGACAAUCCGGAUUUGAUCCGGGACACGAGGCGGGGCUCCAGUGACGAGCCGUGCGUGCAGCCCCAGUUGCAGUACAGCGACGAGACGAGGCUCCAGCUCUACUCGGAGUGCCUCGCCGGCUGGGAGCAACAGCACCAACAAACCCUCGGUAGGCCGGCUACCAACUCUACCAAUCCGUACUUGAUGCAGGCCAAGGAUGCGGGGCCACCGGUGAUGGGCUAUCACCAGCAACACGGUGGCGCGGUCGGUGGUGCGCUCCAGCCGGAGACGACGGCCUUUCCGGCGGGCGCCAAGCAGAUACGCGUGUGGCAGAAGGGCGUGCCAGUGUUGCCCCCGGUGUCGGCUCUUAAGCGGGUCCUUUCGACCCGCAGCUCGCCGGACGAGGGUUACCAGGAGGGCACGGGCACGGACGUCUAGGCAACGCCGGCUUCUUCGUC